CGCCCACCGCGCUUUUUCCCGCUCUCGCGAGAGCCGCGCCCUUUCCCUCCCUCGCGCACGCCGACAAGAUGCCUUCCAGGCUAAGGAAGACCCGGAAGCUGAGAGGGCACGUCAGCCACGGGCAUGGCCGCGUGGGGAAACACAGGAAGCAUCCAGGAGGACGUGGUAAUGCUGGUGGUAUGCACCAUCACAGGAUUAACUUUGAUAAAUAUCACCCUGGUUACUUUGGAAAAGUAGGCAUGAGACACUAUCACUUGAAGAGAAACCAGAAGUUCUGUCCUACUGUCAACCUGGAUAAACUGUGGACACUCGUCAGUGAACAGACCAGGCUUAAUUAUGCCAAAAAUGAGGCUGGUCUGGCCCCGGUCAUCGAUGUAGUGCGCUCGGGCUACUACAAAGUCCUGGGCAAGGGGAAGCUGCCCAAGCAGCCUGUAAUUGUGAAAGCAAAGUUCUUCAGUAGAAGAGCAGAGGAGAAGAUCAAAGAAGUUGGUGGUGCCUGUGUGCUUGUGGCAUAAAAGUUUUUGUUUUAUUCAAAUUUUUUGAAUAAAAACAAUGGGUAAAAUGAACUGAUAUACAGAA